GUCUUGGUGCUUAGUAAAGCUUUUUGCUGUUUUAUAAUACAACUGAAUUGGUCGUGGGCAGAGUGUACUGCACUGCCCCAUUGUCCAGGCUGAAAUACCUGCCGCUUUUUGCAGAUUUCUCAAACCAGGAGUAACUUCAACUAAAGAGGCAGUGUUUGAUCACAAAACAGUGAUGGCCAGUGCCGUGUACGUGGAGGAACUGUGUGACUAUGAGGAGACCGAGAGCCCAAGCCCAAGCCCAAGCCCAGGUUCAGUAGACCCCAAUACAUUAAUUAUAUGUCAAACUCAGCACUACAACCCCCCCAGACCCCAGAACUUCCGCAACCCAAGACCAGAAUCUGACUUUCAAGUGACCUCUUCGUUCAGCCAAAAAGACAACAAUAAGGUUCUGCAUAAGGAGAAAACGUACCACAACAACCCCCCCAGACCCCAGAACUUCCGCAAGAGCCCAAGACCAGAAUCUGACUUUAAAGUGACCUCUUCAUUCAGCCAAAAAGACAACAAUAAGGUUCUGCAUAAGGAGAAAACUUACCACAACAACCCUCCCAGACCCCAGGCCGCUUUUUCUCCUCCGCUCCCCCGAAUAGAUGAUGUAAUCAAGUUCUGCUGUAAGAUAUCAGAGAAUACCCAGAUUGAAGUGGCUUUAAAAAAAUCUAGAAGUGGAGCUGCUGUUGCUGGGGGAGGGGCUUUUUUAGGAGGGCUACUUGGAGGUCCACCCGGUAUAUUUAUUGGUGGUACUUUGGGAAGUGCUCUGGGAUGGUGGAUGACUAAAGACCAAUUCCGUCCUCUUCAUCAGAUCAUAAUGGAGAUGUCUCUUGAACAGAAAGAGAAACUGUACUCUGAGAUCAUUAACAAUCUGGGAUGGGAUAACGUGUCUGAACUUAUUUUGUCAGUGAUAAGUAAUCCCUCUCUAAAGAAGAAAGUACUUGAUAUUUUAGAGUCUUUUGCCAAAGAGCAGCUCAGAGCCAAAGUGAAGUGUGGAAAAAAAUAGCAUCUUAUAAUUUCACCUGGGGGCUUUCAUAAAACAAGUUUACCAAAUAAGCCAGGUUUAUAUAAUUUAGUCUUUAGUUUAUCGUAUGUUUUGUUUCAAAAUAAGUCAGACUAACUGAAAUACACCUGGCUUAUUUGGUAAGCUUUGUUUGUUUUUUGUUUUAUGGAAAAAGCCCCCUGCUUAGUCUAGUUUGACUAUCUGAAGAGCUUUUUAGGUUUUGUUUCAAAAAAAAGAAAAAAAAAAAGAAAAGUGAAUUACUUUAUUUUUCUUUAUUAUAAACACUUAUAGCAGCCCUUCAGGAUCCAAAAAAGGAGCAGUUUUGAUGGUUGUCUUUGAUUUAUUUACUCGAAUAAACUUAAUUACUGAAGUA